AUGGCGGCCAACUACUACUUCGACUCUCCCUGCUUGGCCAAGCGGUUUUUCUACCCCGCCGACGUCCGAGAGGCUGUAAGAGAGGACGGAACGUCCUACUUUACCCUGGUGGACUGCUGGCACCCGCCGGGGGGUUCAAUCACGGGCAUCGAGAGGUGCUACGACGUCUACGAGACCGACUUCCCCUCAGAGGGAAAUUACCGGAGACCUGGAAAACCUUUCCUCGAGGGCCACGUGUCUACUACCAAGGACCGGGCGUCUGCAUCGACCGGAGGCAACCACAACAGGCGAUUCAAAAGGCGCUCCUUGGAAGGGGACGAGGGGGGGAUAGAGGAGGUGGAAGGCUUGGAGGGAGAAGGCCAGGAGGAUGAGAAGGAGGUGGACGGGUUAGAGGAGGAGGAGGGCGAGGAGGGCGAGGAGGGCGAGGAGGGCGAGGAGGGCGAGGAGGAGGAGGAAGGGUUGGAGGAGGAG